GAGGCACGUAGGGGCGGGGAUGUUAUUUGCAACCCUGCUGCUCUUGUUACUCAGAUCUACCUGGCGACAACACACAAGAAAUGUCUCUCUUGGACCAUUUGACUCUUUUGUUCCAUUGCAGUCCCACCACUCUGCUGGGGGCUGUUGCUGUCCUGUUGCUGCUUUAUUUGGUCUCCAAUGGGUUUUCCUCAGAGGAAACCAGGAGAGAGCCACCAGGACCCAGACCUCUGCCCCUGCUGGGAAACCUGCUGCAGCUCGAUCUUAAGAGGCCCUACAGAACCCUCACGGAGCUUUCAAAGAUAUAUGGAUCUGUAUUUACCGUUUACCUUGGACCCAAUAAAGUGGUGGUACUGGCUGGAUACAAGACAGUCAAAGAGGCACUGGUUAACCAUGCUGAAGAAUUUGGAGACCGAGACAUUGCUCCGAUAUUUGUAGAUUUGAUUCGAGGCCAUGGAAUUUUGAUGGCCAAUGGAGAUUCAUGGAAAGAGAUGAGACGUUUUGCGCUGUCCACCCUAAAAGACUUUGGGAUGGGAAAGAGAACAGCUGAGGACAGGAUAUUAGAAGAGUGUGAACAUCUGAUCCAAAUGUUUGAAACACACAAAGGUAAUGCCUUUGACACAGCAGGUGCCCUCAAUUACGCAACAUCCAACAUUAUCUCCUCAAUUGUGUACGGAAGCAGAUUUGAAUACAGUGAUCCUCGAUUUACUCGUUUGGUAAAACAAGCCAACGAGAACAUCAGCGUUCUAGGGUCUGUGUCAGUCCAGGUUUACAACAUGUUUCCUAAACUUACUGGUUGGGUGAAAAACCGGAAGCUCUUACUAGCAAAUUCUGAGAGCACUGUCAGAGAUGUGAAAACUUUAAUUAAGCAGCUAAAAGACACUCUGAACCCCAACACAUGCAGGGGGCUGGUGGACUGUUUCCUGACACGCCAGCAGAAAGAGGAGGAGUCUUGUGCCUUGGACUCACAUUACCACGAGUCAAAUCUAAUCUAUACAGUGACCAACCUGUUUGCUGCUGGCACUGACACAACAGCAAGCACACUGAGAUGGGCUUUGCUGCUUAUGGCCAAAUACCCACAUAUACAAGAUCAGGUCCAGGAGGAGCUGAGCAGGGUGGUGGGAAGCCGCUGCGUCCGGGUGGAAGACCGCAAGAACCUGCCGUACACUGAUGCCGUGAUCCAUGAGACCCAGAGGCUGGCCAACAUUGUCCCCAUGUCUCUCUUUCACAAAACCAGCCGGGACAUCACCUUCCAGGGCCACUUCAUCAAAAAGGGGACGACAGUGAUUCCCCUCCUGACGUCUGUACUGUAUGAUGAGAGUGAAUGGGAGACUCCCCACACCUUCAACCCUUCUCACUUCCUGGAUGACCACGGUAGAUUUGUGAAGAGAGACGCCUUCAUGCCCUUCUCUGCAGGUCGCCGGAUGUGUCUCGGAGAGAGCCUCGCCAAGAUGGAGCUGUUCCUCUUCUUCACCUGCCUCCUGCAGCGCUUCCGCUUCACUCCUCCACCUGGAGUCACGGAGGAGGAACUGGAUCUGACACCAGCUGUGGGCUUCACUAUUCCUCCUGUGCCACAUAAGCUGUGCGCUGUCCCACGCAGCUGAUCAACAGCUGGAUCACUGCAACAUGUGUCUCCUGUAGUAAUAAGGGCUGAUUAUCAAUAAUGUGCUGGUUUUGUAGAUCAUAGCCAAAGGUUUUGGCUAUGUGUGUGUUGUAAUGUAAUACUGUAAAUACAGUGAAAGCUGCUUUUCUUGUGCUAGAAAUGAACUAAAAUUAAUCUAUAUUCCAAUACACCUUGAUAGUUGGGUUUGUCUAUGACACUGCAACACUGCACAUUCAUUUACUGUCACAUUUGUGUGUGUUUUGCUUGUUAAAACAAAACUCUUGAUAAAGUGCUCUUGGCAAUUUCUGGCAACUCCCUCCACAACAUAUAUUUUCUGGGUACUUGUGUUGGGACAUACUUUGUUCCAUGAAAAUAUUAUGGAAUACAACAGAGUGCCUAUAUUAGAUUUAAAUCCAAAAAUUCAUGUAGCCCAUUAUGGCCCCUAGCAUUUCUCAAUUUGUGAUGUACGUGAUCAAGUGCACAAAAACUUAAACAAUUACUUUCCUGAGAGUAAAUGUUUACUUGUGUACUAAUUUGUGUCCUAAUAAUGCAUAUUGCAAUUACAGUUGAUACGUGUUAACCAUUAUUGCUGCAUGUGGCUUUUGUUGGUUUUAGUUGUGUAAGGUCUUUAACCUUACAUUGUAAAGUGCCUUUAGAUAACUUUGUUGUGAUUUGGCGCUAUAUAAAUAAAAUUGAAUUGAAAGUGUA